AUCUAUAUCUCUCUAUAUAUACACACACACACUCACUGUCCCACCAAGAACACACAUAGUAAACACACGCAGUGGGCGAAAAUGGAAGGGAAGAACUUCCUUCGCUGUCUCUUCUUCAUCUGCAGCGUAGUCUUACUCCUGCUCUUCACAGCCUUCAACUUAACUUCCCCACCCUCCGACAAGUCGGAGCUGCUCGAGUGCGCCACCAACUCCGCCUGGUGCACAGCCAAGAACCGCAUCCUCCGCCACCCCAACCCCGCCCCGCUCCGCCACGACCACACGGCGGACGUCCCCCACCACCCCCUCGACCCGCUCACCAUCCAGGAGAUGAACAAAGUGCAAAAGGUCAUCAAAUCCUUCUUCGGGAAAUCGGUCUACUCCGUCCAUUCACUUGUCCUGGAGGACCCCGAGAAGCAAGUGGUGCUCAAGUGGCAGAAGGGGGAUCCCCUCCCGCCACGGAAGGCGUCCGUCAUCGCACGCGCCUCCGCGAAGAACUACUUGCUGACGGUGGACGUGGAGAGCGGGGAGGUGGUGGAGCACGACACCAGCCACAUUUCCGGGUUCCCUCUGGUGACCCUGGAAGAUAUGCAGAACGUGAUAUUCGCGCCGCUGUCCAACGCCCAUUUCAACCGCACGAUCUUGGAGAGAGGAGUUGAUCUGAACGAUGUCGCCUGCUUGCCUUUCUCCCCCGGAUGGUUCGGCAAGGCUGAGGAUGGAAGAAGACUGGUUAAACUAGAAUGCUUCACCAUGAAGGACACUGCAAACUUCUACAUGAGGCCUAUUGAGGGCAUCAUUGUGAUCACAGACUUGGACACUAGUGAAGUUAUUGAAAUCAUAGACAAAGGGAAACACAUUCCGAUACCCAAGGCCGCUGGCACUGACUACCGGUUGUCGGCCGAGAACGGCGGGGUCAUCAAGCUCCCCAACCCUAUCUCCAUGGAGCAGCCCAACGGCCCCAACUUUGUCGUAGAAGACGAGCAUUUGGUGAAGUGGGCUAACUGGGAGUUCCACUUGAAGCCUGACCCGAGAGCCGGAGUCAUGAUCUCUCGUGCUAGGGUUCGUGACCCGGAGACCGGAGAUUUGAGGAAUGUGAUGUAUCAGGGGUUCUCGUCGGAGCUGUUUGUCCCCUACAUGGACCCUGAGGAAGCUUGGUACUUCAAGACUUACAUGGAUGCUGGCGAGUACGGGUUUGGACUCCAGGCCCUCUCCCUUGACCCGCUCAAUGAUUGCCCGAGAAAUGCCAAGUUUAUGGAUGCAAUUUUUGCAGCUUCCGAUGGCACACCGUAUGUUAGAUCAAACAUGGUCUGCAUUUUUGAGCGGUAUGCGGGUGAUGCUGCUUGGAGACACACCGAGAGCCCGAUUACGGGGAAAUUGAUUCUAGAGGCGAGGCCGAAGGUUUCGUUGGUCGUGAGAAUGGUCGCAUCGCUCGCGAACUAUGACUAUAUUGUGGAUUGGGAGUUUCAUGCUGAUGGAUUGAUCCAUGUUAAGGUCUCACUUACGGGCAUAGUGAUCGUCAAGGGCACGUCUUAUGUCAACAUGAACCAGGUGAAAGAAAACGAAGAUAUCUAUGGAACCCUCUUGGCGGACAACAUCAUUGGAGUCGUCCAUGAUCACUACAUCAACUUCUACCUCGACAUGGACAUCGAUGGCUUGGACAAUUCCUUUGUAAAUGUUCAUCUCCAAAGGGAAUACACCCAUGGAACGUCGCCUAGAAAGAGCUAUAUGAAAGUCAACAAGACCGUUGCAAAGACGGAGAAAGAGGCCCAAAUCAAGUUGAAGUUGUAUGACCCAUCUGAAUUCCACGUGAUCAAUCCGAACAAGAAGACCAAAGUGGGCAACCCAGUCGGGUACAAGGUGGUUCCUGCUGGCACGGCUGCUAGCUUGCUUGACCCUGAGGAUCCUCCGCAGAAGAGGAGUGCAUUCACCAACAACCAAAUUUGGGUAACACGUUACAACAAGUCGGAGAAGUGGUCCGGAGGGUUGUUUGCCUACCAGAGCCAUGGCGAGGACACUAUUCAAGUAUGGUCUGACAGGGAUCGGCCGAUUGAGAACAAGGACAUUGUUUUAUGGUACACAUUGGGGUUCCAUCACGUUCCAUGCCAGGAGGACUUCCCAAUCAUGCCCACCGUGUCAUCGGGCUUCGACCUCAAGCCGGUUAAUUUCUUUGAGAGAAACCCUGUGCUGAGAAUUGCACCUUAUGUCGAAAACGAACUACCUGUUUGCAAAGCUGCUGCUUCAGCUUAAGUAAAUAUUGUUCCGGUCCUCAGGCCUGGGGCAUGGGGAAGAUGAAGAAAUAUACUUGGUUUACACGAUUAAGCGAGUCGCUAUAUGUACCGGUGGUGGUUUGGCUCGGACAAGGCCUAAUACUUGACAUUUGGGGGUGAGGAUGAGGAGUGUAGUUGAUUUUCUAUCUUCAUGUGUGGAUGUCUGAGCAUGGCAUUUGUAAUUUUUGAGAAGUUCCAACAUUUACAAUGUCGUAAUUUUUUGACUGGGGAAAGGAAGUGGUUCACUAAUUUCCACGACAAAGUUGUCUUUGAAUCACUUACCACUCUGUGGAAUCUUGCACUGA